AUGGCCACAACUACUACGUCAGCGCCGCCCAGCGGCCAGUCUGCCGCCCUGAAUGGCGGGCGCGAGCUUAUCUCUGAGCAGGUCCACUGGGAAAUCUCCGAGCUCAACUCCCCGACGGCGCUGCGCAGGUUCGGCGCACCGUUUAAGUCAGAAUUUGGCGAGGUCUCUCCUCUCGACUCGGAGCUCCCCUUACUUCGCUACAUCUUUGUACACCAUGUUCGCGAGUUCCCAUUUCUCGACAAGGCCAAGGAGAAGGAGUUUUGGCAGGAUAAGUUGCAGAUGUUCCUUGAGUCCUUUGCGAACAAGUCCAUUUCAUCCUCCGAAGACAGAUUAGAAGAGACCAAGCGCCGCAAGCUUGCGAUAAAAUGCAGAAAGCUGGUGGAGCUCAUGAUGGUGUCGGGCAUUCCCACCUCUUCCGGCUUCGAAGAGCGAAUAAGGUUCGCUGAGAUGGAGAUUGUUGAUCGAGACGCAAUCGACACCGGUGUGCUCAACACCAUGCCUCAGGGAAACUUUAUCAACGGCUGGGACGUCAACGUCGCUGGCGUACAUAUUACUUCAGAGCGACGCAACAUUCGGUAUCACAAACAUGCAGAAUUCAUUCUCCGUGCGCACAGGAAAGGCGAGCUCGAGUACUACAUCUCCAGACGCUAUGGCGACUUUGUCAAAUUGCACAAGCGACUACGGACCGAACUGCCUGGAAAGAUCUUGCCUCCCUUGCCGAAGAAGAACAAGUCCGACACUGACGCCACUGGUCUCUUCGCUGGUGAUGGUGCCGAUUCCGACGCUUCUAGUGUGUCUUCCAUGUCGACAGUGAAUCGGGGUAAUGGACUUGCAGCAUCAAUGAAAAACCUGUCGGUUCGGGAUCAUCGCCGAAACAGGUCGACGGCGUCCUCCCUUCGUGCAUCUCCACGCCCAUCUACAGAUGGCUCCAGGGCGGGAAGUCCCAAGGCUGAGAAUACGAUACUAUGGAGAGAAAACCAGCGUAUAUCAUUGAGGGCAUUCCUGAGGCAACUGCUGCAAAGCCCGCAAAUUGCUGGAACAAAAGCGAUCGACGAGUUCCUUACUCUAAACCACAUCACACCGACUGACGAAGACGUGGAGGACAUCGCCCGGCGGAAAGUCGUUGACGAGAAGAGAGUCGAGGAGCAGAAGAAGUUCUACGAGAUCGCACGGAAGCGCGCGGCUGAGCUAGACGUUUACAUGGAGCAAUUCCGCCGCGACAUUGUGGAAUCCAAUGGGCUCACCAACCUCUUCCAAGAAAUCAAGGAGAAGGAGACCAUCCCAGAGCUCAGCGUCAAAUAUCAAAAGUUUGCCGAAUGGCUGCGCAUAGAGAUUGCAGCCGUCGUCUACCAUCUCUUCUUGGCUGAAGACAAUUCCCCGGAACUGUUUGCCCAGCUCAAGAGGAUACACUCACUCAUCCCUUACACGCUGCUCAAGAACGUCAUCAGAAUCGCAAACCCUGCUGCUGUCAUGUCCGGCGUCCUCGACCUGUUCCUUGCUCAGCCGUGGGGAUCUCGGUCGCUGCUCCAGCGCAUCUUCUCGGCGGCUCUCAACGAUGGCAUCAAGAACUACCAGAGGUCGAUCGACGCUGUCUCUGCCAAGAUCGAGGACGACCUUCUCGUGUUGAAACUCAAGACGUUCAGCGAGGCAGAUGAGCCCAUCAAAGAGGCAAUUCGAGAAGAAGCUGUUGCCGAUGAUGUCGACAUCAUCGUUGCUGCGCUAAGGUCAGAACUGAUUGAGCCGGCUCUGACCCCAGAACAGAUCACUCGCCUAUACAACGCAUACGUCGCGUUUAAUAGUGCGGUAGAGAAUAUCGACGCGGAGCUCAAGCAGGGCGCUCAGUUCUUCUCACACCUCAAGCAGCUCAUGAAACUCCAGACGCGUCAGCGAGACAAGACCAUGAUGCUGCAGCUGAUUGAGGAGCCCGUCACCUUGCAGCUCUUCCGGGACCUUUUCCACAUCUUCUAUGAGCCUCUUGUCCGGUCGGCGAACGUCAUCACAGACUUCAGUGUGUUUGUUGACGACAUGAUACAAGUUGUUGAACGUUGCCGAGAACAGGAUGCAUCAGCCGAUCCUAAUCAGACCGUCCAGGCCUUUAUUGACCUGUGUGCUCGACAUGAGCACAACUUUUACAAGUUCGUCCAUGAGGUGCAUACACACGACAACGGCCUCUUCACGGCCCUCAUGGGAUGGAUCGAAGGCAUCCUCGAGUUUCUUCGCAAGGGUCCAGCUGGUGGCUCGAUCGACAUCAAUGCCGUCUUUGAGGGUGGCGUUAGCACCAACCUCAUUGACCGGGAAAAGGCUGUCAACGAGAUCAACGAGCUCAUAUCUUGGCAAGAAGCCCGCAAGAAGUGGCACCACGACAAGACGCGUCAGAAGAUGGCUGCUGAGGGUGAAGUAGGAGUAGACUCCACAUUGCCAGGCAUGCCGAGCUUCAGCGCGAGUGACUUUGGCCUCGAUGAGAUGGACCUCGAAGAUAUGAACUACGAUGACGGCUCUGAUGAGGAGGCCGAAGCGGCCGAGGAGGAGGAACUAGAUCCGAUAGAGGCGGAGCGCCGGCGCCGGUCAAAGAAGCAGGAUAGACUGAGGCGAAGCGCAGGCGAGCCUGCCAAGCCGUCUGUUAGCGAGGUACAUAAGCUACGGGAUAACUUCCUGGCCAUGCUCAGGAAUAUAGAACAAAGAAAAGCCGGGCUUGGUCAGCUUCAUUCGUCCAGGUUGGGAUCCAGAGGUGCAGAGGUGCAGAGCUGGGUUCGUCUGCACCGAUCAUCUUGCGCGGCGCCUUUCCGACUUGUUCCCCGCAGCCGCUCACGUUUCUUGCAGCGUUCGAAAAAAUAUCAGCCAUGGCGUCUUCGAUGGCCAUGCGGAGGCUCGCCACUGGCUCUGCCGUACGUUGCAUUCCUGGUCACUCCGUUGCGAUGCUCGGAUGAGAGCGGCGGUCGGGGACAUUGUGGCGCUCGCAUCUGGACAAAUAACAAUCUCCGUGCCAAGGAGGCAAAUGUGCACAUCAGCAACAAAUACCCGGUCAUCGAUCAUGAGUACGACGCGAUCGUGUGCGGUGCUGGUGGCGCCGGUUUGAGAGCAGGAUUUGGCCUUGCCGAGGCUGGUUUCAAGACCGCCGUCAUCUCCAAGCUUUUCCCGACACGUUCGCACACAGUCGCCGCUCAGGGUGGUAUCAACGCCGCUCUUGGCAACAUGCACGAGGACGACUGGAGGUGGCACAUGUACGACACGGUCAAGGGUUCCGAUUGGCUCGGUGACCAGGAUGCGAUUCACUACAUGACACGAGAGGCCCCUGCUUCUAUUAUCGAGCUCGAGAACUACGGCUGCCCAUUCUCCAGAACCGAGGAUGGCAAGAUCUACCAGCGUGCCUUCGGUGGUCAGUCCAAGGACUAUGGAAAGGGUGGUCAGGCUUACCGCUGCUGCGCUGCCGCUGACCGUACCGGCCACGCUCUUCUCCACACUCUCUACGGCCAGUCCCUGCGAUACAACACCGACUACUUCAUCGAGUACUUCGCUAUUGACCUGAUUAUGGAGGAUGGCGAGUGCCGCGGUAUUCUCGCUUACAACCAGGAGGACGGUACACUUCACAGAUUCAUGGCCAACCACACCGUUCUUGCCACUGGAGGAUACGGACGCGCUUACUUCAGCUGCACAUCUGCCCACACCUGUACCGGUGACGGAAUGGCUAUGGUCGCUCGUGCCGGUCUGCCUAACCAGGAUCUGGAGUUCGUCCAGUUCCACCCUACUGGUAUCUACGGAGCUGGCUGCCUGAUCACUGAGGGUUCUCGCGGUGAGGGUGGUUACCUGCUCAACUCUGAGGGUGAGCGUUUCAUGGAGCGUUACGCCCCGACUGCCAAGGAUCUUGCUUCUCGCGAUGUCGUCUCCCGGUCCAUGACUCUCGAGAUCCGCGAGGGCCGUGGUGUUGGUCCCGAUAAGGACCACAUCUACCUCCAGCUCAGCCACUUGCCCGCCGAGAUUCUUGCCGAGCGUCUCCCCGGUAUCUCUGAGACUGCCGCCAUCUUCGCCGGUGUUGAUGUCACCAAGCAGCCUAUUCCCGUCCUGCCCACUGUCCACUACAACAUGGGUGGUAUCCCGACCAAGUACACUGGUGAGGUCAUCACCCUGGACGAGAACGGCAAGGACAAGGUUGUCAAUGGUCUGUACGCUUGCGGUGAGGCCGCUUGCGUUUCCGUCCACGGUGCCAACCGCCUUGGUGCCAACUCGCUGCUCGACCUCGUCGUCUUUGGCCGUGCCGUCGCCCACACCAUUCGCGACAAGGGCACCCCGGGAGCUGCCCACAAGCCCAUUAGCGCCGAUGCUGGUGCUGCUUCUAUUGAGGACCUUGACAAGGUUCGCAAAUCUGAUGGACCCAAGAGCACUGCGGAGAUCAGACUGGCGAUGCAGAAGGCUAUGCAGACGGAUGUCUCGGUCUUCCGUACCCAGGAGAGCUUGGACGAGGGUGUCCAGAAGGUUACCGAGAUCGAUGGCACUUUCUCCCAGGUGGGCAUCAAGGACCGCAGCAUGAUCUGGAACUCGGAUCUCGUUGAGACCCUUGAGCUGAGAAACUUGCUCACUUGCGCUACCCAAACCGCUGUUGCCGCCGCCAACCGCAAGGAGUCUCGUGGUGCCCACGCCCGCGAGGACUUCCCUGAGCGUGACGACGAGAACUGGAUGAAGCACACCCUGACCUACCAGAAGCAGCCCCACGGCAAGAUCGACCUCACCUACAGAGGCGUCAUUGCCACGACGCUUGAUGAGGCCGAGUGCAAGCCCGUCCCUCCUUUCAAGCGCACCUACUAA